AUGUGAACAGAUGAAAAGAUUGUUAAAAUAUUUAUGAAGGCUGGUAGCGAUGGAGAAAGUAUUGGAAACUGCCCGUUUUCUCAGCGCCUCUUUAUGAUUCUGUGGCUGAAGGGUGUUAUAUUUAAUGUUACAACUGUGGACUUGAAACGGAAGCCGGCUGACCUUCAGAAUUUGGCUCCAGGAACGAACCCUCCUUUUAUGACUUUUGAUGGUGAAGUGAAAACAGAUGUGAAUAAAAUUGAGGAGUUCUUAGAAGAUAAAUUAGCACCACCAAGGUAUCCGAAACUUGCACCAAACCAUCCACAGUCAUACUCUGCAGGAAAUGACGUAUUUGCUAAAUUUUCUGCAUUCAUAAAAAACACAAGAAAAGAUGCCAAUGAAAAUUUGGAAAAAUCUUUGCUUAAGGCUUUAAGAAAACUGAAUGACUACUUAAAUGACCCCUUGCCUGAAGAAAUUGAUGCCAAUAGCACAGAAGAACUCACUGUUUCCAGAAGGAAAUUCCUGGAUAAUGAUGAGCUCACGUUAGCAGAUUGUAAUCUCUUGCCAAAACUUCAUAUUAUCAAGGUUGUUGCAAAGAAAUAUAGAAAUUUUGAGUUUCCAUCUGAAAUGACUGGAAUCUGGAGAUAUUUGAACAAUGCUUAUGCUAGAGAUGAAUUUACAAAUACUUGUCCAGCAGAUCGGGAAAUAGAGUUUGCUUAUCUGGAUGUUGCAAAAAGAAUGAAAUGA